GGUUUCUCCUCCUCCAAAUGACGUCAUCACGCAUGGUUUUCCAACAAUUCUCAGGACAAGCCACGUUGACGUUCCAGGCUGAAGUGUAGUCAACAGUUAGACAGAAUAAAGCAGGAUUUGAGCUCCACGCCGCUGUUUGCUCUCUCUUCAGAUUCAGGAUCACAGCAGACAUGUCGUCCCCGCCGAAGGAGAAAAUGGAGAAAGUGGAGACCAAAGGAGGACACCUCCCUGCAGUAAAGGCAGGAGGGAUGAGGAUUGUGCAGAAGCACCAGCCGGUUGCUGCUGCUGCUCCAGAGCCUGUGCCCAAAGAUGAUGAGGAGGAGGAUGAGGAGGAGUACGUCAGCAGCAGUCCACCAAAGGUUCCCGUGAUUGUGUCUGGAGUGGUGACAAAGGGCGAUAAGGACUUCACCCCCGCAGCCGCUCAGGUGGCUCAUCAGAAGCCCCAGCCGUGCGUCUCCAAGCUGCCCGCCUCGCAGCACAUCAACCAGCCCAUCCACCAGCCCCGCAAGUGAGCUGGCACCACGACGGCUCUGCUAACUCCACCCACCGGCCUCCCCUGAUGGAACACAUACCAUGAAGAUGUUUCCCCACCAGGCACAGAUCUCCUCUCAGUAACCACAGAAGUUGUUGUUUGUAUUACAUGUAAGAGGAAUUUAUGCCAAUACAGCCAUUGUAGAAGUCCCACUCGAUUCCCCCCCCCCCGCUGCUCUGUUUAGUUUGUGUCCUCUCCUUAAGAGGGAUGGUUGUCUUAAGGUGGUAUACAUGGUGGAUGGGACUUCUACAAUGGCUUUAGUUCAAGGAUUAAACAUAAAUGAAGAAAUCUGAGUCUGGGGGGGGACUCUCAGUGCAGCGAUGUGCCAACCGAUACCGCACCUACCAGCCAAUCACAGCAAGCUAUCAACCAGGCCUACUAACCAACCAAUCACCUGCAAGUGAUGAGCCUACGCUCCCGCCUUAUACCUAAAAUCUCCACAGGCCAAAAGAACCAAUCCACAAAUCACAACCAGUAUUAUGUUAUUAACACAAACCAAAAAGAGCAGAACUUCUACAUUGCAAAACUCAGUGUGUUGUCAUAAUGUACGGCUACUGCAUAGACCAGAGAGGUCAAAUAGAUACUUAUAUGACAACUAUAACAAAUUAUUAGCACAGACACUGAGGUUAGCUGCACUAAGUCCUUUUGACCAUUUCAAUAACUCUUAUCUUUUCUGCAAAAACAUUCCAUAGAAAUAUAUAUAUAUAUAUAUCAGAAAUCUAUAUCGGUCUUACAAAAUAUUGAUUCAAGCAUGCACACACCACCCUUUUCCUUAAGCACCCAUCCCCUUACACUCAAGUGUCAUUUGUUGCAACACUAAUGUUCAGGUUUCGAUGAAAGAGAGAAAUUAAUAGAUGUCUUGCCAAGAAGGAAUUGAUUUCCUAUGUUGAUUUAAUUCAGUUUAAAAGAGUUGUAUUUUUUGUUCUCUUGUUAUUAUUCUUGAGUAAAUUGUACAAAUCUAUGAGUGGAAUUAGGUAUUAGGUGUGGUUUAAAUGGUAAAUAAAGAUAUGGACUAUCUUAAAAAAAA